ACCAUGUCGGGAGAGGGGAGGGCGGCCUUCCUGGGUGAGAGAUUGGCAGGAGCCAGCACUUUGACAUUGACGAGGUGUCAGAGCAGAGUUCUCCCUAUCCUCACAUGAUCCCUUCCCCUCACCGCUCCAGACCCUCGUACCCAAGGCCAGGGGCCACUCUCUCAUGGAACACUACUCUCACAUUGCAUUGUGUAAUGGACACAUGGAUUUCUGUACUAUAGCACAGAGUGUUUGAGAUGGGAGUGGGUAGUGGAGAUCAUGUGGUGGUGUAUGAUG